AGUUCGAAACAUAUUUAUAAAGCGAGGUGACGUAUUUUUCAUAUUUAUUCAGUAAAUCUAACAGCUUAACAUUCAUAUAGAUGAUUUAUUGAAAAGAAACUAGUUCGUCAUUAUUGCCAUCUGUGUUAAUAAAGUUUGGUCUGCAAAGUAUUCCUGUUUCUCCAGAUAUUCCUUUAUAGUGCUUUUAAAAGUCAUAGUAUAGAACAUAAUCUUAAAAAAAAAACACAAAAACAAUAAUGUCAGGAGUCAAUGAAUUUGAAAGCAUCGAAUAUAUUUUGGAAAAAGGAUUGAGUAACGAAGAUUAUGAAAAAGUUAGGCAAGUUUUAUAUGGACGACCAGUUAUCCCAUUGGAAAUAUCAUCAUGUACUCAACAUAUUGCUGAUAGCCAAGGCUUUGAAAUAAAGGCAUACCGAAUACCAUGCCCGGAAGAGCAAUUACGAAGUCCGAGAUUAAUUAGAGUUGCAGCAUUCCAGAACCAAAUUCCUUUGCCAACAACCACGAAAAUUCAAGAAAUGAAAGAUGCAAUGUUUAAAAUGGCGAAAGAGGUGAUAAAAGCAGCUGCUCAGAUGGAUGCUAAAAUUUUUUGUUUUCAAGAAGCAUGGAUAAUGCCAUUUGCAUUUUGUACGAGGGAAAAGUAUCCUUGGUGUGAAUACGCUGAAUCUGCCCAUGACGGCAGUAUAACCAAAUUUCUUCAACAACUAGCCAAAAAAUAUAAUAUGGUUAUUAUAUCCCCGAUUUUGGAAAGAGAUGAAAGACAUUCAGAUACUAUUUGGAACACAGCUGUUGUCAUCGAUAACCAUGGUGAUUACUUAGGGAAGCAUAGAAAAAAUCACAUACCGAGAGUUGGAGAUUUUAAUGAGUCUACAUAUUAUUUCGAGGGAAAUACUGGACAUCCUGUAUUUGAGACGGAAUAUGGAAAGAUAGCAGUCAACAUUUGUUAUGGAAGACAUCAUCCCUUAAACUGGUUAGCAUUUGCGUUAAAUGGAGCGGAAAUAGUUUUUAAUCCAUCAGCAACAGUAGGCGGCUUGAGCGAGCCACUUUGGGGAAUUGAAGCAAGAAAUGCAGCAAUAGCAAAUACCUACUUCACAUGCGCAAUUAACAGAGUAGGUACUGAGGUUUUUGAACACGAAUUUACAUCUGGGAAUGGUAAACCUGCUCAUAAAGAGUUUGGUUAUUUUUAUGGAUCUAGUUACGUGGCAGCCCCUAAUGGUUCUAGAACUCCAGGUUUAUCUCGAACGAAAAAUGGGCUUCUUAUAACUGAAAUUGAUUUAAACAUGUGCAGACAAGUAAAGGACCACUGGGGCUUUCAGAUGACUCAAAGGUUGGAAAUGUAUGCUGAGCUACUACGAAAGACGAUUGACCAUGAUUUUAAACCUCAGAUCGUUAGAAAACACAUAUAAAAUAUAAUUAAAAUAAAAGUAGGAUAACACAAAAAAAAAUCAAAUUAUUAAUAAUGUUCCAGGCAUGCAUUAUUAUCUAUGAUUACAUUUUGUUGGCGUGUUUAUAUUUCUAUUUAAUAGUUUCAACGCAUAACUCAUAAAAACUGAAAUAAAAGAAAUAUUUAAAUCAAA